UUAUAUGAUAAGGCUGCUCACAUAUUUCAUCCAAAACAAUGAGUACAAAUACCACGGCCGAAAACCGCCGGAAAACCAAAAAAUCCACCCCUUUUCCCUCCGCCCGACGGGCCCGGCCCGACAGCCCGAACCGGAGGUCAUCCCCUCCACCAUCCGCAGCUGCAAUCGUCGACGGAGACCUCUUCCUCCGAGAAUUCGAGUCGCCGGAGAGCUCGAACCCUAGGAGCUUCCCGCACAGCGUGAAGCAACAAUGCUGGGAAAAGGCCGAGAAAAUCAAGGGCCGACACCCGGAUAGGUGGCGCCGCGACGCCUUGGGCAACACUCUGUUUAGGAAGCUUGUCGGCUGCCCCGGUUGCCUCUGCCAUGAUUAUGAUCACAUUAUUCCUUACUCUAAGGGUGGGAAAAGCACCUUAGAAAAUUGCCAAGUGUUGCAGGCAACUGUCAACCGAUCCAAGGGAAACCGGACAGAGAUAUCCAAAAGUGAGCUUAUUCGGAAGAGUGCUUACUGCCGGGUGUCAGAUCGGGACAUGGACUUUCUUGAGCUGUCGUCCUAUGGUAAUAUUCGUCGUGGUCAAGAUUCCGGGGGAUGUAAGAUUCAGUAGUGCAGCAGCCAUAGGUGGCUUACGAUAUUGCUAAGGAAUUCGCGUACAGAUGGGGAAAGUAAUUCACUACCUGUCUUACAAUGUGUGUAUUCUUUAGACCAAAUAGUUGAUCGAAAUUCUCGUUUCGUUUCUCCUACUGUAUAUUGAUCGAGAAAUCUGCGAGAAAAUACUGCUAAAGACAGCGUGAAACUGUUGACUACAUGCUUAAAUUUGGAAUUUGGUUGUGUUGUGUUAGCACAAUUAUUUAAAAUGAA